UUCACUCGAUGUACCAUCUAGAAUUCGUGUAAUGUUGCUAUUACUGCUUGCAGAAUAGUCUGCUUUCUGUUUUGCGUUCUGACAAUUUUUUAAUCAAAAGUAAUAAUAAGGAAUUCGCAAAGCACUAUCGUUCACCAUUGCAAGAGUUGCAAAAAUGUUUUGACGGAAAUUCCGGAAGAUUUAAAAAACAUUUAUUUUGAUUGCGCGAAAGCAUGUAUUCUACGAAGACACCGACUCUUCGGAUCGACGAAGCCGAUUUGAAAUGCAAGAACGGUUGGUUUUACGGCAAUGCGGAAUGGGAAGGUUACUGCAGCAAAUGUCAUCGAGAACAUUUGCAAAAACGACGCGCUCAAGCUGAACGUGUAUCUCAUGCGCAAGUUUCGGACACAGACGUUAAUCGAUCAGUGGGUGCUGGAAGUCAUAAGGAGGAGAAAAAGGUACAACAAGAGAAAAAAUAUAAAUUGUUAAACAUUUCAUUUAGGAAACCUACUGCAAAAGUUCAAGGUUAUCAGGAAUUAUAUCACGAAUUAUUAAAAGACAAUCCAGAUAUUGAAAAAGUUAAGGCAGAAAAUCGAGAUUUAUUGUUAUAUAUAACCAAGACUCCGAUAGAAAAAGAUGUACGCAAAUGCAUACAUUCAUUUGUAGUAGACAUACUCCAGAAUAAAGAUGUAAAAAGGAUAGAAGAAUUGUCAGAGAUAACACAAAAUUUUUAUCAUGUGUUUGGGAAACGUCUAGAAAAUAGCACCAAAUAUACAGAUAUACCAGCAGAUAUUAAAGAGAAGUUGUUAGAUUAUGUUGAAAGAUAUGCAAUGACUUUGUUAUAUAGAAUUCUUUUCUGCCCUCCAUUCACAUCGGAUGAAGAAAAAGACUUGGCUAUACAAAAAAGGAUACGGCAAUUAAAUUGGGUUAGUGGUAAAAAUUUGGAAUGUAGAAUUCACGAAACAAGCUCAGAAGUUAGAGAACUUGUUUAUACAUCCAUUACAGAUCUUUUAAAUAUGGAUUUUGCCAAAGCGCCUCAAGAGAAAUUGGCAUGUGUUAUUCAUUGUUGUAGAAAUAUAUUCUUAUUAUUGCAACAAUCUGUCGAUGGACCAGCAUCUGCUGAUGAAUUCCUUCCAGCACUCAUAUUUAUCGUUUUAAAGGCUAAUCCCGCACGUCUUAAGAGCAAUAUAAAUUUUAUUACGAGAUUUUGCAACGCCAGCAGAUUAAUGACCGGGGAAGGAGGGUAUUAUUUCACAAAUCUGUGUUGUGCAGUAUCAUUUAUUGAAAACUUAACUGCAGAAUCCUUAAAUAUGGCUGAGAAAGACUUUAAUGCAUACAUGUCAGGGGAGUGCGUUCCAGCUAAUACAUGGGAAUCGGCUCUUAUGAUAUGCGAAAGUUUACACUUUAUGUGUGAAGAUAUAACUUUGUUGGAUGAUUUGCAAGCUAAAAAUGCCGAUAUCAUGAAACAAGCGGAAGAAUUGAAAAACAAAAUGAUAGAAUUCAAAGAAAAAAUUAAAGAGGAUGUAGAAAAAGUGAUCGAAAGGACACCAUUGUUGAUAUCUCACAGUCAGAGAGUGCCUACCAAUUUAGAUAGCGAGGAUUUUGAAAGCUAUCAGCUACCACCACCAAUUAUUCCACAGAUAUAUCCGCAUUCUAUUGGUGAUAAUGUGAAUAACGGUGUAAUGACAGAUCUAUCGAGUGAUUUGAUGAAAACAUCAUUAGUAGAAGAUUCCGUGACGCCGUCGCCAACAUUCGAUUUUCCAUCUCUUAUAGGCGACGAUAGCCUGGAAGUUAGCAAGGGCGAAGACGAAACUAGUCUUAUCAGUUUAGAUACUCAAUCUGAUCUUGCGCCUGGCGAGACGCAACUCUUUAAAAAACAUAUGACAGACAGUUUAAUAGAUGAAUGCUCUACACCUGAAACAAAUCUACCAUCUGUAAGUUUGAAGCCGAUUAGUUCUGAAGAUUAUCAUGGUUUCACAAUUCAAGGAUCAAAUAUACCAACAAUACCAUGCAAUACAGGUGAUUCAUCCAUAACUACAGCAGAUUUAGAUUCGGAUAAUUAUUCCAAUUACUAUCAGAAUAUGUAGUAUUAUAAAGAUGUUUAAGUAUUAUUUAUGUAAAUAUAUAAUUAUAU